UCUAGUCUUGAUUUCGAUCUGGUGCCACGAGCUCUGCUCUUUCCAGUGGCAGAGGAAAAGCAAGGGCUUCAGGGAGAAAAGGCCAGAGGACUGUCUGAUUUUCCAGUCCCUGAAAAGAGAUUUUCAUUCCGGGAGAUCACAUCCAGGUGUUCCAGACAGGGCUCAGCGCUCCUUUCUGCGUUCAAAUCUCCACCCCGACCUGCCUUUCUGGUCUCAGGAGACGUCCCCACUGUCUACUCCGCUCGCCUGGGCCGCCAGCACAGGGACUGUCUGCCUCCUCUCUCUGAAGCACCUGCUUCAUCAGUCAAUUACCAGAAGUUCCCCAUUUCACCCGGAAAUUCUCCUAAAAUCCCUUCAUGUCCUCGCGGAGUGUAGGGACCAGGAGAACAGCUCGGGUGCUCCUCCUGGGAUCCCCGGCUCCUCGAUGACCUACUUCUCACCUCACCUCCGCUGUGCACCAGGCAGUCUCCUUAGAACUGAUACCCGGCUUGACGGUCCGCCUGCAGCCUCCCGCAGGAGACGCCGAGGCGCCCCUGGUAGCCAGCAACGAGGCCCCCGCGGUGACCCGCGCUGCAGACACUGGAUGCACUCCCCGUCCACCGGCGUCCCUCUGUGCCCCUCUCUGACUCUCCCGUCUGCUGCGGGGGGCUGGGGCCGCCUCCCCAGGGGCGCACGCCCGCGCCCCCGCGCCGGGUGUCCUCCUUGCUGAGGGGCUGCGGCACUGGACCUGGAGCCAAGGGGCGCGCUGACCGCCUGCCCCCCGCGGCCGCCCUCGGGUUCUCCUCGCGCCCUGCAGUCCCGGGUGCUGCUGGGGCUCAAGCUCAGGGCGAUGACCCUAACCCCCCGGUUCCUUCCCGCAGCUGAGAGGCGUCUCCCGCUGUUCCCUCCGCCUCGUCCCGGAGUCGGGGGACCUGGGCGCCUCCCCUCGCGGGGAUGGGCUCCCCGCCGCGCUCCAGCCCCAGUCUCUCCUGGAGAAGAGUCCUCUGCGUCCUUUUCCUGCCACUUGUCUCAUCGGGUUUUGCUCCUCCGGUGAAACAAAGAAAUAACUUUAUAUUCGAACGCCGAAAGCUGCACCCGAACCCGCGCAGGUUUGACUGGUCGCACCUGACGCCCCGCCAGCUGAAGAACCGCUCGCGGGGGAUUCAGACUGAGGAGCAAGCCGGGCGGAACCCCUACUUCACGCUGGAGGGCCACGAGUUCCUCAUCCUCGGGGGCUCCGUCCACUACUUCCGAGUGCCCCGGGCCUCCUGGAGAGACCGGCUGCUCAAGCUGCGGGCCUGCGGCUUCAACACCGUCACCACCUACGUCCCGUGGAACCUCCACGAGCCGCAGAGAGGCACAUUCGACUUCUCUGGGAACCUGGACCUGGAGGCCUUCAUCCUGCUGGCGGAGGAGGUGGGGCUGUGGGUGAUCCUGCGUCCAGGCCCCUACAUCUGCAGCGAGAUGGACCUCGGGGGCCUGCCCAGCUGGUUACUGCAGGACCCCACGUCGCAGCUGAGGACCACCAACCGCAGCUUUGUGAACGCCGUGAACAAGUACUUCGACCAUCUGAUCCCCAGGGUGGCUCCGCUCCAGUACCGCAGGGGAGGCCCCAUCAUCGCGGUGCAGGUGGAGAACGAGUACGGCUCCUUCUACAAGGACAAGGCCUACAUGCCCUACCUGCUGCAGGCUCUGCUGCAGAGGGGCAUUGGAGGGCUGCUCCUGACCGCAGACAGCACAGAGGAAGUGACAAGAGGACACACAAAGGGGGUGCUGGCCACCAUCAACAUGAAGGGGUUCAAGGUGGACUCGUUCAAGCAUCUGUACAAGCUGCAGAGCCACAAGCCCAUUGUGAUCAUGGAGUUCUGGGUCGGCUGGUUUGAUACGUGGGGAAACGACCACAAGGUGGUGGGUGUGAACGAGGUUGAAAAGAGUGUGUCUGAAUUUAUCCGAUUUGGGAUCUCCUUCAAUGUGUACAUGUUCCACGGGGGGACCAACUUUGGUUUCAUGAACGGGGCCACGAGUUUUGAGAAGCACAGAGGUGUUACCACGAGCUACGACUACGACGCGGUGCUGACAGAGGCUGGGGACUACACUACCAAGUACUUCGCGCUCCGGAACCUCUUUGAAUCCAUCCUGGUCAGGCCCCUGCCCCCUCUUCCGAGUCCCACUCCCAAGACGGUGUACCCCUCCUUGAAGCUAUCUCACUACCUGCCGCUGUGGGAGGCCCUGCCUUACCUGCAGAGGCCAGUCACCUCUAACGUUCCACUCAACAUGGAGAACCUGCCCAUCAACAACGGCAACGGCCAGUCCUUCGGGUUCGCGCUUUAUGAGAUGACCAUCUGCUCCGGGGGCCGGCUCCAUGCCAACGCGCAGGACGAGGCUCAGGUAUUUUUGAAUGAGACAAGUUUAGGGAUUCUGACUGAUGUUUAUCGGGACAUAGACAUUCCUUCAAUCACGCAGGAAUGUCAGCUUCUAAGGAUCCUGGUGGAGAAUCAAGGACGAGUCAAUUUUUCAUGGAAAAUUCAAAAUCAGCAGAAAGGAUUGAUCGGACCUGUUACUCUGGAUAAAAUUCCCCUGAGCAGGUUCACCAUCUAUUCUCUGGAACUGAAAAUGACAUUCUUCAAGAAGCUCCGCUCUGCACCCUGGAGGCCUCUCAGGGGCCCCUCCUCAAGCCCUGCCUUCCACCUGGGCACGCUGAUGGCUGGCUCUUCCCCGCAGGAUACCUUCCUCCAGUUGCCCUGGUGGUCACCCCUAGUACCUCGUAAUUGUUUCUGGAAGCAGAAGCCCUGCUGUUUGAAAAAAGACAGCACCGCCUGUCACAGCCUGCUUCCCUUGCAGGGCUGGAAGCACGGGUGUGUGUUCAUCAAUGGCCGUAACCUUGGGCGGUACUGGAAUAUUGGGCCUCAGGAAGCGCUUUACCUGCCUGGCUCCUGGCUCCAGCCGGGCACCAAUGAGAUCGUUCUGUUCGAGAAGGAGAAGAGCAGCUCAGAUAUCUACAGCACAGACAUCCGCAGGUUUCGAUUCUCGGUUGGUUGAGACGUGGAUGUGUUACCUGUGGAUGUGGAGGACCAACUGUGCUUAUAAUCCAAAUACAGCACCUGGCUUGAACUCAAAGCAGCGCACCAAAAACAGACUUAUCACUUCGUUAUGUUGUGUAGAGGUUUCAAGAAGUUUAGCAAGUAAUCUGGUGUCCAGAGGGAAGAAGGAACCAUCCUGUUUGGCAGGAGGAGAAAGUGAGACUGCCUUCUACUCCACUGUUGGGAAUGGCUGGCUCGACUAAGGAGAAUUCUACCAUGAACCAUACAACUCCUACAAAGGACCUUAUUAUUGUCUGGGGCUUUAGACUCAAAUUCAUGGAGUCUGUGGAGAAAACCAGAAAUCAGAACCAUCAGAUCACAAGAAAAUAUUAUACCUCAGAUAUGAUGUAUACAUCAUUUCUAAACAUGAGAACUAUGCCCAGAUGGAAAAACUAAGGCUCAAGGAGAUGUGUCUUUUUUUGAUGACUAUUGUGUUUUUGAUUCACUCUUCUUUUGCUUUCCUAUCUCUGUUCUAAUUAUUUUCUAUUGUUUUAAAUUGUGUAUCUAAAUGAGGUGAUGUGGGUUUACUAAAUUUACUGUGAUCAUCGUUUCGUGACGUAUGUAAGUCAGAUCAUUAUGGCGCACACCUUGAAUGUAUGCCAUGCUGAUGUCAAUUCUGUCUCAAUAAAACGAGGAGGAAGAAAAGAUG